UUAAUGUAAUUUGAGUAAUAUAAUGUAGUGCAGAUGGAAAACGCAUCAAGCUUCAUGCUGGCUAAGUCCCGCCUACUCGCGACGCACGAAAACAUGAUUGGACCUUCUCUUGUAUGGCGUCACAUCCGUAGUUGAGAAACAGGACAAACAAACCUUCACAGAAACCUGCUGAUGGAGGAAGAUAAUUCUCAAAUACUUGACCAUGCCAACUCUGAGUUUAAAAAGAAAAAUUUCGAGCAGGCAGAGGAGCUGUACACAAAGUUUAUCUCUUCCUGCUCACAGUCAAGGGAAUGCCAAGCUCGUAACUUGGCAACUGCUUAUAACAACCGUGGACAAAUAAAGUACCUCCGGGUGGAUUUUCAUGAAGCAGUGGAGGAUUACACCUCAGCAAUACAGGCUGACAGUCAAUUUGAAAUACCCUUCUACAACAGAGGACUCAUCCACUAUAGGCUAGGUUUUUUUGAUGAUGCCAAGAGUGACUUCCAGCAAGCAUUAAAGCACAAUCCAAAGUUCGAAGAUGCCAAAGUAAGCCUGCAACAGACACUUCUGGACCAGCAGCAGAAGAUAAACAGGGGAUACUGACAACCUCACAAACUAAAGAGCACAUAUUUUAUAUAUCAGACGAUGUUAAUCAUUGAUAGUUUAUUUAAUUUCUUUUGUCAUACAAGAACUUAAUGCACUGUACUAUACGGUUUUAUUUUGUGUCACACGAACAUGAUAAAACAAUCUGCACAGCUGGAAAUCAGACGAUAGCUGCAAAAUGCUAAAUCAUUUCUUGUUUGAACACAAGGAAGUAGACAUCCCACUGGACCAGGCGCGACACUAAUAUGGAUUUUUGUUAAGCAGAGCAUUGAUAAUUCCUUUAUCUGCACCGACUCGAGACUCUUUCAGGUGGAAUAAAAAUGUAAUGGCCUCAUAAAUGAAGGUAUAUCAUUGUAUAAGUCUGUGAGUGGACAGUACAGACUAAUCGACCCAGGCGCACCAGGUAAAACCAUGAACCUGUGUUUUACUGUCAGCAAUAAAUGUUAGUGCACCAUCUUUAAGACACUGGGAGAAGGUUUGCGACCAUUUACAAGCCAUAAUGAAGUGUUAG